AUGAGAUAUGGCUUGAAUUGUUUGAUCAAUCAAACUUAUCUCUCCAAAUACCCAGCCUUGACCAAGCUCAAACGACAACUCCAAGUUCCUAAGGCAUAUGGUGCCCUUGGUCUUGCCGGACUCUUCUCAAUCUUUGUCUUCUUCAACCUCUUUGGUGGAUUCUUGACCACCACCCUUGGUUGGGGUUUACCAGCUUACUUUUCCAUCCAGGCCCUGCAAUCUCCCAGCUCUGGUGAUGAUGUCCAGUGGCUAACUUACUGGAACAUUAAGAUGUUGACUAAGAUGGGCCAAUUGGAGACUGCUCCUGGAGCUAUUAGGGCCUCUUUGGACGGAGCAACCCAUCAUGCUUGA